CAGCCUUGAAGAGGUCCUUUGAGAUGGAAGACGUGGAAGAAGACCCUUCAUGCUCAACCAGAUCUUCUGCAAAUCCCUGCCCCUCUGAAAAUGGAGAGGGGAAAAAAACGAGAGGACCCAUGCAGAGCACCUACUCAUCUCCCAUCGGCCUGAGCAACAUCUCCAGUCCUUCACACAGCCCGAUCCCCAAAACCAGGAUCACAAACAGCCUGUCUUUCAACCGAGGUACCCUUCAUUUGCCUCGGGCUAAUGGGACCAACCUCGUCAGGGUGUCCUCCUUCCAAACUUGGCUGAAUCCCAAUGGAUUCUCUUCCUCUUUAGGGCCAGGAAGUGAUGAGAGUCUCCAUAGUUCUUCUUCCAGUUUGGAGUGCCAAACACCUACAAGAUGCCCCCAGAAUCCUGUUCGGCAAUCUGAGUCCUCUGGAAUUGAGACCCCUCAGCUCUCUAAUCCUUUGCUGAAGAAGUUCUCCUCCCACGGGAAUGUCUUCCAUGCUGAGGUGGACCGUCCUAUCCGGCAGGUCUCCAAGGCUACCAUGAAUCACAGCUCCUUGCCGUCCCUUGACCUGCACAUCGCAGAAGACCAGGGGCCCAGUCCUAUCCUUUGCUCCACCUCGGACAUUGACCCUGCCAAGAGGUGGAGCUCCCAAGACCAAAAUUCCAUCUCGCCUCUUCCAAAGAAUAGAACGUUACUGAGAAAGGAUUCUCCUUGCUCUGCCAUGGGGGUAGGCCAGUUGGGGAAUGUGACUCCUGUGGCUCCUUUGGCCUCCAAGCAAACCACAAAGUUUCAAACAUUUCCCACCAGCUUGGACAGGUUCAUUGGAAACCCCACGGUUGGUUGUGUUCUCCCUUUGGUGGGUGAGCCUGGGCUCAAAUCUUUGCCUAAGGCCCAACUUCAGAUCAACCUUGGCCAUAGCCUGCCUCAUAUAUCUCCAGAGCUGGCCAACAAAGAUCAAGUGAUCAUAACCCAUGACACUUCCCUAACAACCUGUUAUGGAAGCCCACCAGAGAUAUCAGAAACAGCAAGAACAGAUCCUCGUCCUCAGUCUGCCUCUUUCCAGUUAGUCUCUCAAUCUCCAUCUGCUCGCCCUACUUCCCAGUCCUCUCCAAUGACAGUGCCAGCUCCCCAAGGAAGCCCAGCUUUGCCCAACCCAAGAGAAAAUGGUCCUGCUCUGAUUGGUUCCAUCUCCUGUCAAGAUGCUUCCAAGGCUUCAAACCCAGAGUUGCCUUCUGGCCCAGGGGAAGAGUCUGGAGACCAGCCUCUGGAGAUCUUUGAGAAGAAGGAAGAGACUGCAGAGAGGAACUCACUAAAAGAAGAGAUUCAUCCCAAGCUUCAGCAGCUGAGCAUGGAGGACAAUCUAGCAGGAGAACCAAUUCCCCAAGAUGGUCCAGCCCUCAAGACCACGGACGGCGGACUAUUUGGCUAUGUGGGGAUUGAGGCCGUCCUGGACCAGAUGCGUAUCAAGACCAUGAAAACCGGAUUUGAGUUCAACAUCAUGGUUGUAGGACAGAGUGGUCUUGGGAAGUCCACCAUGGUCAACACCCUCUUUAAAUCCAAGAUAAGUCGGAAAUCAGCCUGUUCCGGAUACGAGGAGCGAAUCCCCAAAACUGUGCAGCUGCUCUCUGUCACCCAUAGUAAGGGGUUGGGUAGCUUAGAAGAUGGAAUCAACAGCAGCUUACCCAUUGUAGCAUCAAAUGAAUACGAUGAGUUGGUUAUUGUGGUCAAAUACUAA